AUGGGCGGGCGGGAGUGGGCGGGGGGCGUGGGCGGUCUGCUGGAGGCGGUGAGGAAGGGACACCCUCGUCAUGUACAGCUACUACUGGAGGCCGGGGUUCCUGUUGACGGGAGUGACGAUUCAGGGUCGACGGCUCUAGUGACGGCGGUGUUACACUCUAAGGAUGAACGCCUUCAGGAGAGACUACUGAGGCUGCUACUACAGGCUGGUGCUGACCCCAAUGUUGGUGAUGAACGAGGUACCACACCUCUCAUGCACGCUGCCAUCACCAACGACAACAAAGCGACCAUCACUCUUCUCCAACACGUCAGCGUAACGGGCAGGGACUGACGGCGUGGCAGCUGGCGGAGAGGAACCACCACGAGGACAUCGCCGCCCUACUGAAGGUGGAGACCGGCGUGUUCCCCAGACCCUCAGGACCAUCCGCCUUCGUCCCCGCCCACCCACUCGACCUAGGCGCACAC